ACUGGUCCAGAACCAAUGACAACCACAACAACCACUACACCACCACCAACAACAACCACAACAACCAUUACUCUGACAACAACCCCUUCCACUACGCCCUCAACAACCCCUACUUCACCAACACCCACUUCACCCACUACUACUCCACACUGCCUGACCAAGACUGUCUGUGAAUGGUCAGACUGGAUUAGCAAAUACUAUCCCUCUGUUGGACCAGAAGGAGGAGAUUUUGAAACCAUAGAAAAUAUAAGGAAAUCUGGAAUUAAUAUUUGUAGCAAACCUAAGGAAUUAGAAUGCAGAGCCAAAGACAACAUCUAUGUUCCUUUGGCCGAACUAGGUCAAAAUGUUGAAUGCAAUCCCUCAGUUGGACUGAUAUGCCGCAACAAGGAUCAAGGCAUCCCACCAAUAUGCUACAACUACGAGAUCAGAGUCAGAUGUUGUGUUGAUGUUUGUAGCAAUGAGACAACUACCACCUUAGAAAGGCCCACAACAACCAUUACAAGAUCAACAACUACCCCAACAACAAGAACAACAACAGAAAGUCAAACAACAACUACCCCAACAACAACAACAACAACAGAAAGUCCAACGACAACAACAACAACAGAAAGUCCAACAACAACAACUACCCCAACAACAAGAACAACAACAGAAAGUCAAACAACAACAGAACGUCCAACAACAACAACAGAAAUUCCAACAACCACAACUAAGUCAACAACUCCAUCCAUAACAACAAUAGUAACAGAGGAAGUUACAACUGGUCCAGAAUCAACAACACCUACCACCACCACAGAAAGUCCAUCAACCACCACAGAAAGUCCAUCAACCACAACAACAUCUAAGACAACAACAUAUUCCACAACAAGUGAAACAUCAGAGGAAGUUACAACUGGUCCAGAAUCAACAACUACCCCAACAACAAGAACAACAACAGAAAGUCAAACAACAACAGAACGUCCAACAACAACAACAGAAAGUCCAACAUCAACAACAACAACUAUGUCAACAAAAUAUACCACAACAAGUGAAACAACAAAGGAAAUUACAACUGGUCCAGAACCAACAACAACCACAACAACCACUACACCACCAACAACAACCACAACAACCAUUACUCUGACAACAACCCCUUCCACUACGCCCUCAACAACCCCUACUUCACCAACACCCACUUCACCCACUACUACUCCACACUGCCUGACCAAGACUGUCUGUGAAUGGUCAGACUGGAUUAGCAAAUACUAUCCCUCUGUUGGACCAGAAGGAGGAGAUUUUGAAACCAUAGAAAAUAUAAGGAAAUCUGGAAUUAAUAUUUGUAGCAAACCUAAGGAAGUAGAAUGCAGAGCCAAAGACAACAUCUAUGUUCCUUUGGCCGAACUAGGUCAAAAUGUUGAAUGCAAUCCCUCAGUUGGACUGAUAUGCCGCAACACGGAUCAAGGCAUCCCACCAAUAUGCUACAACUACGAGAUCAGAGUCAGAUGUUGUGUUGAUGUUUGUAGCAAUGAGACAACUACCACCUUAGAAAGGCCCACAACAACCAUUACAACAUCAACAACUACCCCAACAACAAGAACAACAACAGAAAGUCAAACAACAACAACAGAAAUUCCAACAACCACAACUAAGUCAACGACUCCAUCCAUAACAACAAUAGUAACAGAGGAAGUUACAACUGGUCCAGAAUCAACAACACCUACCACCACCACCACAACAACAACAACAACCACCACAGAAAGUCCAUCAACCACAACAACAUCUAAGACAACAACAUAUUCCACAACAAGUGAAACAACAGAGGAAGUUACAACUGGUCCAGAAUCAACAACUACCCCAACAACAACAACAACAGAAAGUCAAACAACAACAGAACGUCCAACAACAACAACAGAAAUUCCAACAACCACAACUAAGUCAACAACUCCAUCCAUAACAACAAUAGUAACAGAGGAAGUUACAACUGGUCCAGAAUCAACAACACCUACCACCACCACCACAACAACAACAACAACCACCACAGAAAGUCCAUCAACCACAACAACAUCUAAGACAACAACAUAUUCCACAACAAGUGAAUCAACAGAGGAAGUUACAACUGGUCCAGAAUCAACAACUACCCCAACAACAACAACAACAGAAAGUCAAACAACAACAGAACGUCCAACAACAACAACAGAACGUCCAACAACAACAACAGAAAUUCCAACAACCACAACUAAGUCAACAACUCCAUCCAUAACAACAAUAGUAACAGAGGAAGUUACAACUGGUCCAGAAUCAACAACACCUACCACCACCACCACAACAACAACAACAACCACCACAGAAAGUCCAUCAACCACAACAACAUCUAAGACAACAACAUAUUCCACAACAAGUGAAACAUCAGAGGAAGUUACAACUGGUCCAGAAUCAACAACACCUACCACCACCACAGAAAGUCCAUCAACCACCACAGAAAGUCCAUCAACCACAACUAAGUCAACAACUCCAUCCAUAACAACAAUAGUAACAGAGGAAGUUACAACUGGUCCAGAAUCAACAACACCUACCACCACCACCACAACAACAACAACAACCACCACAGAAAGUCCAUCAACCACAACAACAUCUAAGACAACAACAUAUUCCACAACAAGUGAAUCAACAAAGGAAGUUACAACUGGUCCAGAAUCAACAACUACCCCAACAACAACAACAACAGAAAGUCAAACAACAACAGAACGUCCAACAACAACAACAGAACUUCCAACAACAACAACAGAAAUUCCAACAACCACAACUAAGUCAACAACUCCAUCCAUAACAACAAUAGUAACAGAGGAAGUUACAACUGGUCCAGAAUCAACAACACCUACCACCACCACAGAAAGUCCAUCAACCACCACAGAAAGUCCAUCAACCACAACAACAUCUAAGACAACACCAUAUUCCACAACAAGUGAAACAUCAGAGGAAGUUACAACUGGUCCAGAAUCAACAACUACCCCAACAACAAGAACAACAACAGAAAGUCCAACAACCACAACUAAGUCAACGACUCCAUCCAUAACAACAAUAGUAACAGAGGAAGUUACAACUGGUCCAGAAUCAACAACACCUACCACCACCACCACAACAACAACAACAACCACCACAGAAAGUCCAUCAACCACAACAACAUCUAAGACAACAACAUAUUCCACAACAAGUGAAACAACAGAGGAAGUUACAACUGGUCCAGAAUCAACAACUACCCCAACAACAACAACAACAGAAAGUCAAACAACAACAGAACGUCCAACAACAACAAGAGAACGUCCAACAACAACAACAGAAAUUCCAACAACCACAACUAAGUCAACAACUCCAUCCAUAACAACAAUAGUAACAGAGGAAGUUACAACUGGUCCAGAAUCAACAACACCUACCACCACCACCACAACAACAACAACAACCACCACAGAAAGUCCAUCAACCACAACAACAUCUAAGACAACAACAUAUUCCACAACAAGUGAAUCAACAAAGGAAGUUACAACUGGUCCAGAAUCAACAACUACCCCAACAACAACAACAACAGAAAGUCAAACAACAACAGAACGUCCAACAACAACAACAGAACUUCCAACAACAACAACAGAAAUUCCAACAACCACAACUAAGUCAACAACUCCAUCCAUAACAACAAUAGUAACAGAGGAAGUUACAACUGGUCCAGAAUCAAUAACACCUACCACCACCACAGAAAGUCCAUCAACCACCACAGAAAGUCCAUCAACCACAACAACAUCUAAGACAACACCAUAUUCCACAACAAGUGAAACAUCAGAGGAAGUUACAACUGGUCCAGAAUCAACAACUACCCCAACAACAAGAACAACAACAGAAAGUCCAACAACCACAACUAAGUCAACGACUCCAUCCAUAACAACAAUAGUAACAGAGGAAGUUACAACUGGUCCAGAAUCAACAACACCUACCACCACCACCACAACAACAACAACAACCACCACAGAAAGUCCAUCAACCACAACAACAUCUAAGACAACAACAUAUUCCACAACAAGUGAAACAACAGAGGAAGUUACAACUGGUCCAGAAUCAACAACUACCCCAACAACAACAACAACAGAAAGUCAAACAACAACAGAACGUCCAACAACAACAAGAGAACGUCCAACAACAACAACAGAAAUUCCAACAACCACAACUAAGUCAACAACUCCAUCCAUAACAACAAUAGUAACAGAGGAAGUUACAACUGGUCCAGAAUCAACAACACCUACCACCACCACCACAACAACAACAACCACCACCACAGAAAGUCCAUCAACCACAACAACAUCUAAGACAACAACAUAUUCCACAACAAGUGAAUCAACAGAGGAAGUUACAACUGGUCCAGAAUCAACAACUACCCCAAUAACAACAACAACAGAAAGUCAAACAACAACAGAACGUCCAACAACAACAACAGAACGUCCAACAACAACAACAGAAAUUCCAACAACCACAACUAAGUCAACAACUCCAUCCAUAACAACAAUAGUAACAGAGGAAGUUUCAACUGGUCCAGAAUCAACAACACCUACCACCACCACAGAAAGUCCAUCAACCACCACAGAAAGUCCAUCAACCACAACUAAGUCAACAACUCCAUCCAUAACAACAAUAGUAACAGAGGAAGUUACAACUGGUCCAGAAUCAACAACACCUACCACCACCACCACAACAACAACAACAACCACCACAGAAAGUCCAUCAACCACAACAACAUCUAGGACAACAACAUAUUCCACAACAAGUGAAUCAACAAAGGAAGUUACAACUGGUCCAGAAUCAACAACUACCCCAACAACAACAACAACAGAAAGUCAAACAACAACAGAACGUCCAACAACAACAACAGAACUUCCAACAACAACAACAGAAAUUCCAACAACCACAACUAAGUCAACAACUCCAUCCAUAACAACAAUAGUAACAGAGGAAGUUACAACUGGUCCAGAAUCAACAACACCUACCACCACCACAGAAAGUCCAUCAACCACCACAGAAAGUCCAUCAACCACAACAACAUCUAAGACAACACCAUAUUCCACAACAAGUGAAACAUCAGAGGAAGUUACAACUGGUCCAGAAUCAACAACUACCCCAACAACAAGAACAACAACAGAAAGUCCAACAACCACAACUAAGUCAACAACUCCAUCCAUAACAACAAUAGUAACAGAGGAAGUUACAACUGGUCCAGAAUCAACAACACCUUCCACCACCACCACAACAACAACAACAACCACCACAGAAAGUCCAUCAACCACAACAACAUCUAAGACAACAACAUAUUCCACAACAAGUGAAACAACAGAGGAAGUUACAACUGGUCCAGAAUCAACAACUACCCCAACAACAACAACAACAGAAAGUCAAACAACAACAGAACGUCCAACAACAACAAGAGAACGUCCAACAACAACAACAGAAAUUCCAACAACCACAACUAAGUCAACAACUCCAGCCAUAACAACAAUAGUAACAGAGGAAGUUACAACUGGUCCAGAAUCAACAACACCUACCACCACCACCACAACAACAACAACAACCACCACAGAAAGUCCAUCAACCACAACAACAUCUAAGACAACAACAUAUUCCACAACAAGUGAAGCAACAGAGGAAGUUACAACUGGUCCAGAAUCAACAACUACCCCAAUAACAACAACAACAGAAAGUCAAACAACAACAGAACGUCCAACAACAACAACAGAACGUCCAACAACAACAACAGAAAUUCCAACAACCACAACUAAGUCAACAACUCCAUCCAUAACAACAAUAGUAACAGAGGAAGUUUCAACUGGUCCAGAAUCAACAACACCUACCACCACCACAGAAAGUCCAUCAACCACCACAGAAAGUCCAUCAACCACAACAACAUCUAAGACAACAACAUAUUCCACAACAAGUGAAACAUCAGAGGAAGUUACAACUGGUCCAGAAUCAACAACUACCCCAACAACAAGAACAACAACAGAAAGUCCAACAACCACAACUAAGUCAACGACUCCAUCCAUAACAACAAUAGUAACAGAGGAAGUUACAACUGGUCCAGAAUCAACAACACCUACCACCACCACCACAACAACAACAACCACCACAGAAAGUCCAUCAACCACAACAACAUCUAAGACAACAACAUAUUCCACAACAAGUGAAACAACAGAGGAAAUUACAACUGGUCCAGAAUCAACAACACCUACCACCACAACAACAACAACAACAACAACAGAAAGUCAAACAACAACUACCACAGAAAGUCCAUCAACCACAACAACAUCAAAGACAACAAUAUAUUCCACAACAAGUGAAACAACAGAGGAAAUUACAACUGGUCCAGAAUCAACAACACCUACUACCUCUACCACAACAACAACAACCACCACAGAAAGUCCAACAACAACAACAACAUCUAAGACAACAACAUAUUCCACAACAAGUGAAACAACAGAGGAAGUUACAACUGGUCCAGAAUCAACAACUACCCCAACAACAACCCCCACUACUACCCAAAUAACAACCCCUACCAUUACCCCAACAACAACACCUACCAUUACCCCAACUACAACCCCUACCAUUACCCCAACAACAACCCCUACCAUUAUCCCAACUACUACCACAACAACAACUCAGACGAGGACUACCUCUGAGGUUAUAACAACAGCCACCACCAAAGCAUCUACCACAACAACAGACUUCACUGUAGUCACAAAUCCACCAUACACAAAACCAACAGAAAAGCAAAUCUCAAACUUGACAAGACAGACAGAAGAAACUACUAUAUCAAACCCAACCACAACCCCUACCAUUACCCCAACAACAACCCCUACAAUUACCCCAACAACAACUCAUAUCACAACCCCUACUACUCCCCCUACCAUUACCCCAACAACAACCCCUAUCAUUACCCCAACGACAGCCCAUACCACGACCACAAGCCCUACCACGUUAUGUUUUUGCACGUACAAAAAUCUACAUUUCCCGGCUGGUUCCUUGAUAUAUAAUGAGACUGAUGGGGCAGGCUGGUGUUUCACCUCUUACUGUAACUCAAGUUGUGUUGUUGACAAACAAGCCAGACCAUGUCCCUCUACGACCCCGGCUACAGUCAGCACUGUCUCAACUACAGUCAGCACUGUCGCAACAACAACAGAAGCUACACAUUCUACAACAUCUACAUUGUCCCCGACUACACCUUACAAGGGCUGUGAAUAUGUCAUUCCACCAAGAAAGGAUGGUGAGACUUGGAAGACAGACAACUGCACUACUCAGAUUUGCCACAGGGGUGUAAUUACCACCACGCCUGUGGACUGUAAGUCUGUAGAAAAGCCUGUGUGUGAAAAUGGAUACCCACCAGUGAAAGUCUAUGAAGAAUCAGGUUGCUGCUAUCACUACGAAUGUGAAUGUAUAUGCUAUGGAUGGGGAGACCCUCAUUACGUCACAUUUGAUGGCCAAUAUUACAGUUUCCAGGAAAACUGCACCUACGUUUUGAUUAAAGAAAUAGUUCCUCGACAGAACUUCAGUGUCAUCAUCGACAACUAUAACUGCGAUCCGUCUGGACAUGCGACCUGCCCUCAGUCUCUGAUUGUCAAUUACAAGUCCUAUAAAAUCGUUCUUACUCCGAAGAGAUUAAACGUGACAACAAAUAUGGUUUACAUCAAUGGAAAUCAGAUCUUCCCAACCUUUUCUAAUGAAGACCUCAUGAUCACCAGCACUGGGGUAGAGUUACUGUUGAAGAUCCCUGCCAUUAAAGCAACAGUGAUGUUUAAGUCCCUUAUGUUCAGUGUAACCCUGCCAGACUCCCUAUUCCACAACAACACAGAGGGGCAGUGUGGUACCUGUGACAAUAUCAGGAAAAACGAUUGCAGAUUACCGAAUGGAAAGAUUGACCCAUCAUGUCCUGGGAUGGCUCAUGAAUGGAAGAUUCCUGAUGUUAAAAAACCCUACUGUGAACGGCAACCCGUUAUCCUACCUACCCCCACACCUCUAACCUGCCCGUCAGGAAAGACAUCAAUCUGUGACAUCAUACUUAGCCCGGUCUUUAAGCAAUGCCAUGAUGUUAUCCCACAACAACCCUUCUUCGAGGCCUGUAAGUUUGAUGUCUGCAACAUGCCAAAUAUCUCAAUCGGCUGCUCCAGCCUGGAAACCUACGCUGUGAGGUGUGCAGCAGCUGGAGUCUGUAUCGACUGGAGGAAAUCAACUAAUGGAACAUGUGAUCUGACAUGCCCUAAGACCAAAGUGUAUAAGGCAUGUGGCUCUACUAUCCAGCCAACAUGCAAUUCAAGAUACAAUGACAAAUAUGUGCAUCCAUGUCAAGGAGCACAAAUGAGCCGUGACGUUGUAUGUGACUCAUUCAUGGAGGGCUGUUUCUGCCCUGAGGGUACCAUCUUGUUCAACACAUUCUCUGACACCUGUGUUCGUGACUGUGGAUGCACAGGACCUGAUGGAAAACCCAAACAGUUUGGUGAGACUUGGUACAGUAACUGCCAGAAGUGCACGUGUAAUGCUGACACAAUGAGUGUCCAGUGUGAACCAGUGAAAUGUCCGCCCCAAGAAAUUGUUACCUGUAAGAAGUACGGUGAGGUGUUGGUCAACGAGACGGUGGACUGCUGUCAGAAAAAUACAUGUGUUCCCAAACCUGUUUGUGUCCACAACAAUACUGAAUACACGCUUGGUGAAAAUAUUCCCAACGGCACCUGUGAGGAGUGCAAGUGCGGUCCUAAAAAGGAUCCAGUCUCCAAGCUAUAUGUUGUUGAGUGUGCCCAAAUCAACUGUUACACCACCUGCCCAACGGGUUAUGAGUAUGAAGUCGUACCUGAGAAAUGUUGUGGAACGUGUGUACAGAAGGACUGUGUUGUCGGUCUCCCAGAUACCACGUCUCACAUCAUUCAGCUUGGGAAGUUUUGGUCGCCCCCUAGUGACCGCUGUGUGAAGUAUGAAUGCACAAAGACAAAAAACAACCAGCUCAUCGUUGUGGAAUCCAAAUUUAAAUGCCCAGUGUUCCGUCCAGAGGACUGUGUCCCUGGAACUGAGAAAACUGAUGCAAAUGGAUGUUGCACAACCUGCACUUUAAUCAGUCACUGUGAUGUGAAGAACACCACCACCUACCUUGAGGUGAAUAACUGCAGGUCCUCUGUGCCGGUGGAAAUCUCAGCCUGCGGGGGAUCCUGUGGAACAUCUUCUAUGUACUCUGCAGAGAAAAACACCCUGAUGCACUCCUGCUCCUGCUGUCAAGAGAUGUCUACCAGUGAGAGGAAGGUGGAGAUGGUCUGCCCUGAUGGGAAGAAGAUCACGCAGUCCUACAUUUACAUUGAUAAGUGUGGCUGCCAUGACUCUGAGUGUGACAAGAAGAACCACUUAGAUUAGGCCUUGACGAAUGAAGUCUUUUGAAGUGUUCUUAUUUACCUGCAUGGAAUAUUCAAUAGUUUUAUCUAAAGGGAACCAAUAGGGUCUGUCUCAUUAUCAUAUAGGCUACUUUCAUGAACUGCAUGUCCUUUCUCUCUACCUACACUAUCAUAGACAUAAUGCAAACCUAUUAAACUGAUGAAGAAGCAUGAA